GAUGUGCUUUUUCGCCAUAGCAAGCUACACAACCAGCAAGCGUCCGAUGAACGUGGGGACGCAGCCAACUCAUUAGUCGGCAUUGCUAGGGCAUCGCCUUCAAGUGCAUCCAUGAGACCAAUUCUAGAAGAAGGCAUGAAUUCGCAUGCCUCUUUCAACCCUACCGAAAGACCGAACUUCGCUCAACAGCGGUCCUACGCUGAUCCAAGUAUGGCACACUCCCGUCACAUGUCUAUGCCUGACAUAUCUCUGGUACAUCAACAAUAUAAUAUGAGCCCGCAACAGCACGGUUCAUUGACUCAACUCACGCCAACGCAUACCUAUGCUGGACCUGAAUUUACACCAGUAGAAUUUCCACCGAACGGAUCAACACCCGCAAUGCCACCUCAUGCAUACGACCCACAACUGGUAUCGAUGGACCAUGCUCACAUAGACGGUUUGAUGUCAGACCCAUUUGGAGUAGGGGGAUUACCUGUAAAUUCACCCGGACAGUCUCAAGACAUGCUACAAUUUUGGCUGGCACAAGCGGACAACGAUCUGGGUUACGGUUCUAUGGCAUUGCCGGAUAUGAGCAGCGCACCAUAUACAUCUGACCCCAAAUAUGAGCCAGCACACCCGCCUGUGCACCGAGCAGCAACAUCGGAGACCAGUGAUACGGCAUCAACAGGGAACAUACCAAAUGAGCGUUUUGCACGAGUGGAAAACUGUUGGUUGGCCAAGAACAAUGGCACUCACCAUCUCAAUCCAUCACUCUGGUCCGAUAUCGUGCGCAGCCCGGGACCAAACCUGUUCUCCAUUGGUGCUUCGCAGACUCGAGAAAAGUCGGAUAGCCGCUGGGGCGUAAAUUCAGCAUUGCGCUCACGAUUAGAGGCUGAAUUUGGCGCACAUGUGUUACAGCCGGGAGGCUCUGCCGCCAAACGACCUGGUAACUUCCCUCCUGCAGAGGUACUUGAGAUCUGCUUGGAUCAUUACUUUCGACGUUUCCAUCCAAUCGCUCCUUUCAUCCACGUUGCGACUUUCGAUGCAUCCAACACUCCUCUUCCUUUACUCUAUGCUAUGUGCAUGCUCGGACUCAGUGCAUUGGAAUCGAGCAAUGGCGGCAACUUCAUCUCCAAUGCGUUUACAAGGCAAGGGUUGUUCUGUGUCGACGACAUUGAUGUUGAAGAUACGAUCACUAAUAUCGGCGACAAAAAUUCGCGAUGGCUAACCUGGGCUCGCAUUGAGAGCGCCAAAAGGCUUAUCGUAGCAUUGUUAACUACCGAUUGGUGGUUCUCUGCAAACUCCUCGGUGAGCCCAGUAAUACGACCGGAGACACUGCAGCUAUGUCUUCCAUGCGAUGAUAUACUCUUUCGCGCAGAAUCUGCACAGCGCUGGAUUCAGCUGCAACAGAUGGGGAAAAGGAUAUCCAUGCCUAUGAUCAAGCCUCGCACGUUCCAUCUCGAAGGGGCUUUGGACACAGUAAUAUUGCUUGACCCUCCUCUUGACGCUCCCGGACAAUACUCUUUGCUUUCGGCCAUAAAACUUGGUGUAUGUGAUGCUCAGCAUCGACACUUCCUACCUACGGACGAAUGGGACAGACACGAUCACCUGAUACCAUGGGAGACAUAUCAAGACGAUCUCAGAGCGCGAUCUCUAGUGCAGACCACACUGGCACUUGCACCUGUCAUCACAGGCUCGGCCAAGACUGCUGACCUCAAUUCUCUUCUUCUAUGGCACAACCUAUGCUUGACACUAAACUCCAACAUGCAGAUCUUCGAACUUGCAGCAGGUCGAGCGGGGGCCGGUCCAGCUGGUAAAGCUCUGGCCGAUGUGGAAGAUUGGGCUCGCACGUCUUCUGCGCGCCGUGCUUGUAUUCAUGCCGCACAAUCAUUCAAACUGCUGAGUAACCGCAAAGUUUCGGAGAGCAUUACGCUCAACUCCAUGUCAGCCCUGUUCUGCUCUGCUCUUGUCCUCGGCUUGUAUCUCUUUACUGUCCCCAGUUCUGGAAACGAGUCUGCGCGUCCGCCGUACGAACUGAUGGAUGAUGUCGAUUGGACCGUCGUCGGCAACGCGGGUAUGGCGGAAAGCUCUCCUGGAAACAGCCCGAACAUGAUGUUUGAGUCUUCGCAUGCUUCGAAUGUGACCCGUGCAUUCAUUGAGGCAGGAGGUCCUGUUUCGAUCAACGGUGUUGUUGCUACCAGCGGGUUCCAGACUGCGAGACGGACGCUGCUGGACUUUGCGCAUUUGAUGGAUGGAAUCGGAACGUGGAAACCACGGACGCUGUCACGGAUUCUGCACAUCAUGUCUGAUGUGUUGGAAGAGUCUCUU